AUCCACGUUAUUAUUAUAGUACAAACAAAACUGGUUGGGUCGGUUACAUAGACUGUUUGUGUCUUUUAAGAAACCGUAGUAUUCUCUUCUUCCUACCUUAGCUCACCUACCUUGAGAAUUCUCUCUCAAACAUUGUUCAAAAUUCAUCCACUGUGUGUCUGUGUGUAUGUUACAUUCACACACUAUUGCAUCCAUCUAUCUAUAGUGGAGAUUGAUUUGCUUGAUUUUGAUGGCUUUUGAUCUUGUAAUUAAUAAGGGUACAUUCAUCUGGGCCAGUUCUUCCAAUUCCAAACCUCAAUUGGGUUCUCAUUCUGGGUUCAUUGGAAAUUUGAGAUAUGAGCUUGUUCAUAAUCACAAAUGUAGUUCUUUGAGUGUUUUAGCUCAGAGAGCUACAAUUCAUGUUCAAGAUGACAACCCCUUGGUUCACAAUGACAAUAAAGGCUUCCAUAAGGACAUUAACAUGCUUCCUAAGCCUUUGACAUCAAUCGAUGUUUCUUCUUCUGAAAGUGAUGGAUCAAAGGUGCGCGUGGCUUAUCAGGGACUUCCGGGAGCAUAUAGUGAGGAUGCAGCUUUGAAAGCAUAUCCACAAUGUGAGACUGUGCCAUGUGAUGAGUUUGAAGCUGCAUUUAAGGCAGUUGAAUUGUGGUUGGUGGAUAAAGCGGUUUUACCUAUUGAAAAUUCUGUGGGUGGAAGCAUCCACCGCAAUUAUGAUUUACUUCUUCGACAUAGAUUGCACAUUGUUGGGGAGGUGCAGUUGCAUGUUAACCAUUGUCUCUUAGGAUUACCCGGCGUGACAAAAGAGGAGCUGAAAAGUGUUGUGAGUCAUCCUCAGGCUCUUGCACAAUGUGAGAUGGUACUUAAUGAGUUAGGUGUUGACAAAAUUGGUGAACAGGAUACUGCUGUUGCUGCUAAGGCAGUGGCCAUAAACCGUGUAAGACACACCGGAGCUAUUGCAAGUUCCCGAGCUGCACAAAUAUAUGGCUUGAACAUUCUUGCAGAAAGAAUUCAGGAUGAUGACGAUAACGUUACUCGUUUCUUGGUCCUUGCAAGGGAGCCUAUAAUUCCAGGAACUGACCGGCCCUAUAAGACUAGCAUUGUUUUCAGUAUAGAAGAAGGUCCAGGUGUCCUAUUUAAAGCUCUGUCAGUGUUUUCUAUGAGGAAUAUUAAUUUGUUAAAGAUAGAGAGUCGCCCACUGAAGCAGCGCCCAUUAAGGGUUGUUGAUGAUUCAAAUGAAGGAAGUGCCAAGUAUUUUGACUACCUCUUCUACAUCGAUUUUGAAGCUUCAAUGGCAGAACCUCGUGCACAAAAUGCUUUAGGACAGUUGCAGGAAUUUGCAAGAUUUCUUCGAGUUCUUGGUUGUUAUCCUAUGGAUACAGUUGUAUAGAAGUUCUUUAAAGUAGGUAAGAGCGAACAGCAGUAGAUGCUGUUUGUUUUACUGACAGCAUGAGCGGCUAGGCUACUACCAGAGUCAAAGGGAGAAAAGCAUUGCUCAAUGCACCUGUUUCUAAAUUAUUUUGAUCUCCUAAGGAGUUUCGUCGUAGUUUACCCUAGUGUGAAUGCUGGUGCAUGCAUCCUCAUUUUGCUAUUUAUAUUAUGUUAUUAUAUAUUAUCAUUCAUUUGCGCAUAGGAUAUAGAGCCAUUAAAGAUCAACGUUCGUUACCUUUAAUUGCAGACUCCUUCUGUGAAAAAAUAAAGACAAAAUCUUGGGA